GCGGAUAUGAGAACAACAUCUGGUUGCGGCAAAGGACUUUACUCGGAGCCCGCAAUCAAAGCUCGCGGAGACGGCAUCAGCCUUCAGGAAUUUGAUCAGCAUCUAGGCGAGGUCGCCAAAGCGUACGAUCAAAUGCGGAUCGAGGAUCCUUGGUUCGUGCCGAACGUUUUCUCCUCAAGCGCUCGCUGGGCCCCACCUGUUCAAGACACGCCGGGAUUCCUGUUGAGCUGCGACUAUGAAGAACGCCAAGCUUUCAUAAGCGUCAACGUUAGCUUGCCCGACGUCCGUCCUCAAGCUUUCGUUGGGAGCAUGAAGGACUUUGCGCGUCGCAGCCUUGGAGAGGACCUCGUUGCCGAUGUUCCUGAUGACCAGCUUGGCAUGGAGACGGCGUGAACCCUAUGACGCAGCGCAUCUCUGAUGGAAGUACCACCAUUCCUGCGAUGCUAUUCCACUCCCUUGCGACAUGGACUGGUCAAAAUGAAGUGGGUUCACCGGUCGUCAUGGUGAAAAUGAUGGCCGUUGCGCUCCUAUUCGACGAAUGGGUCACUUUCCUUCCGAAAGAUGUUAAGGGUGUGGUACGUGAAGGAACCGCUUUGUUCCGUGGACACACUUGUCAGAUCGUCGAAAGAGGCUUCCAAUGGCCUUGGCGAUUGUACAUCAUUUCAUUCUUUGACCGAUACAUCAAAAACGACAAGAACACCUGCGUGGGCGAGUACACCCGCGCCUUACCGUAUGGCAUCAUCGAUGACUUGAAUGGAGUCACCCACAAUGAGUUGUUCAAGGACAUCCGCUGCCUCGGAGGUACCACGCUCCCGACCACACUGCUGACGAUGAUGACCAACUUCCAAGACCCGUCACCGAACCUCAUCGUCCGACAGCACGCGUGCGUUCAAGUGGGACCCGUGUCAAUGAUCGCCCUAGCCUUACCCCUCCUCGCCCUCCUUGUUCUCACGGCGGUCGUCCUGAUACAUCGGCUGCCAAUAUUGCAUACUGCUCUGCGUCAACUUCCGGAUGGCCAGCUGCAAUGGGCACCCGUCGCGGUGGAGGAAGCUCACACCAUGACGACGACUCCGCAAAUCCGAUCGGACACCUUGAAAACUCCGAUCCUUAUCUCCAAACAACACGCCGGUGGAGUUCGUUUGUCACAUCGGACCGAAAGGCAGGCGCCUCCGCCGCAGUUCUAUGCAGUGGCUGCGGCGAACCGAAGCUGGACGUAUCAAUCCCUGGAAAUCAUCGAAACUGAAGGUUGACUUCGGAACUGAACAUUUUCGAGCAGGAUUAGGAGGGCACC